CCUCCUCCUCCAAACGCAGUCGCCAACAACAGCAAACGCUUCUCUCCUAAUUCAGUUCCUCACGAGCAGCGGAUAUUCCUCUGCCUCACGCGGCUGAGCUCAACGGCGGCAGCGUCAGCUACUCCGCUUCUUCCGGUAUUGGACGAGAUAAAAGGACAGGGUUUAUCAGGGGAAGCAUAUUAGCAGUUGCAGAUCCGCUGAACCCGUGAACUUUUGCACGUUUGAAGGCCAUGGCUCGUUUUCAGAAUAAAAAGAAAAAGGUGUUCGUGAAGCCGAUUGUUCAGAAGAAACCGGGAAAUGUUGAUCAUGUGACAGGGGACAAGAUCCCAAAGAGCUUUGUUUUCUCAAGGGGAAAGUUGCCAGGACCCCUCAGGCAACUGCAGAUGGAUUUGAGGAAGUUGAUGCUCCCGUUUACUGCCCUAAAUCUCAAGGAGAAGAAAAGGAACAAUCUUAAAGACUUUUUGAACGUGGCUGGUCCAAUGGGUGUAACUCAUUUUCUCAUUCUAUCGAAGACAGAUGCUGCUCCUUAUCUGAAGGUUGCACGGACACCGCAGGGCCCCACGCUAACCUUUAAGAUUAACGAGUACUCGCUGGCAUCUGAUGUGGCUCAAUCUCAACUGCGUCCACGAUGUCCGAAAGAUCUUUUCAAGAAUUCUCCUUUGAUUGUGCUUUCUGGUUUUGGGACAGGAGAGCAGCAUCUGAAACUCACGACAAUCAUGUUUCAGAACAUUUUCCCUGCCAUUGACGUCAAUACUGUCAAGCUUUCUUCUUGUCAGAGGAUUGUACUGCUUAAUUACAACAAAGAAACGAAGCUCGUAGAUUUUAGGCACUAUUCUAUCAGAUUGCAGCCGAUUGGUGUUUCUCGUAGAAUAAGAAAAUUUGUGCAGAAUCAUCAGGUCCCUGAUCUCAGGAAUCUGCAAGAUGUGAGCGACUUUGUGACAAAGGCGGGCUAUGGGUCAGAGAGUGAAGCUGAUGAAGAAGCAGCAACUGUGGCCUUAGCAAGUGACCUUGGUCGAGUCAAUAAGGCGUCAUCGAAGAGUGCCGUUAGGCUGCAAGAAAUUGGACCGAGGAUGACUCUUCAACUCAUGAAGGUCGAGGAAGGGCUUUGCACUGGUGGAGUCAUCUUCAGUGAAUACGGAUAUGGUGCUGAGAAGAAGCCGGACAAACAAGAAGCUACCCGUGAAGAUGAGGAAAAUGAUCAAGACGAGGAUGAGGACGCCAGGGAAGAUGACGAUGAAAUGGAAGAGGAUACAGAAGAUGGUGAGGAAGAUUAAUACCUUCAUGAAUUGAGAUUUCUCAAACUAGAGCGGACCCUUUAUGAUCACAAUUUUGAUGUUAAUUUAUCAUUUACCUGGCAUUCAGAGAUGUAAUUCUAGCGUCACUUGCAAGAUGAAAGCUCGUUCGGGUUGGCCUGAAAGUUCUGACCAGUUAGAAUGAUUUUCAAACUGCUAGACUUGCACCCCCGCUAAGCUUGGAGCUGCUCAACAUUUAUAUUAUUGAUGAUUUUCCUCUAUAA